GCCGGCUCAGUGCUGCCGGCGCCGCCCCCCCACAGGCUUCCCUCGGUCGCUACGCCGCACCGCAGGCUCUCGCUCGGGUCCGAACCCAGCUGUGGGAAAACACCAGGGAUCCAGCAUGUCUGCCGACGUCUGGGUGGGAGCAUGGAGACCCCACCGGCCCAAAGGGCCCAUCGCUGCUCUCUACAGCAGUCCCGGGCCCAAGUACGGGCUCCCCACAAACGUAGGUUACCCCCUUCACGACCCCUCCCGCUACCGAGCCCCCGCGUACAGCUUCGGCAUCCGCCGCCUCUGUCUGCAGGAUGAGUGCUCCCCGGGACCCAAGUACAUGGUGCCAGCCAAGAUGACUGUGAAGGGCAAAGAUGGUAACCCUGCCUACUCCAUCUAUGGCCGUCCCAGGGACCUGAUGCCCUUCCUGACUCCCGGGCCAGGUCGAUAUUCUCCAGAGAAGGCAGGGAAAUGGGCCUAUCGCUCCGCGCCCAUCUAUUCGCUCGCCUCGCGCACGAAGGAGUUUGCAAAUGACCAGACUCCAGGGCCUGCUGCCUACGGGCUCCCCCCAAUGAUUGGGCCCAAGGUUGUUGGCAAGAGCUCUGCCCCAAACUAUUCCCUCCUGGGGCGCAGCUUGGUCGGCAGCUUCUAUGAGGACCUGAGCAAGACGCCAGGGCCCUGUAACUAUCGUGUGGUGGAACCCAGCGUGUACAAGACCCGGGCCCCCCAGUACAGCAUCCUUGCCCGCAACAUGCUCCCUGGGGACAACACGCAGAAACCAGGGCCCGGGGCACACAGCCCGGAGAAGUACGUCCAGCAGCGUGGCCAGACCUUUGGGAUCCGCCACUCCGACUACCUGGCGCCCCUCAUCGUGGACGUGGUGGAUUAAGCGAGCGCGGUCGGAGGAGCAGAGGGAGUGGCUAGUCACAGGCGUUAGAGAGAGGGACGGGCUGGACAAGAAUUUUGCAUUUGAAAAUCUUUGCUGACUUAACACUCUGUCCAGUCACCUUUGGCAAGUCAGCCUCCAGCUCCUCAGGCCCUGGGAGACCCGAGGAGCUUGGGCCUGGCGUCUUUGGGCCGUUCGGCAGCAGCCAGACAGUGGAACUGGAGCAGGCCGUCAUGUGAGUGUGAGCUCCAGCGGGUGUGUGGAAAGGGGGUGAGGCAAGGUCAGGCUGGCUGCAGCGCUCCCGAUUGUCUUGCACUAGCCCCAGUAGCUCUGGGCACCCCUGACGUUAUGACUUUCACUCCUGGGGGGAUCUGUUCACAGCGGCGGACACCGGGGAGGCCAACGCAUCCACGCUCUCCUCUCUGUGCGCCUCUUCGGUGCCAGGGAUGGAGCUAGUCCUCGGAGCAUGGCUAUGAGACCUAAUGCAGCAACUGGCUCCCACUCAAUGCAGCCCAGCCCACCAAUGCCCCUCGCCCUUGGCUUCUCUCCUGGGCCGCUGGUGAACAACUGCUGGAUCCGUGCCCAGCGCUUUCUGCCCACCAGUGAGAGGUGGAAGGGUCUCAUUUUGACUGCUCUCUGCCCUGAGGUUUCCCCGUCAGCUCCUGGGAUUGUCCCUCUCUGAGCACAGGCCGCUGCGGCCAUCAACUACAAGCUAUUGUCCAGGGCUUUGUCCAGCCUAGCAAUAGGCUUCCCACACAUCCCCUGGCUGGCCAGUUCCCUCUCCCCACCCAUCUCUCUUCCGGGGCAUCUUCCCAGACCCUCGACCUACAUUUCCCUUUGUGCAGUUUGAGCCCACUCCUCCAUAUCACCCCCCCUUUAUCAUGCUGAUUCCUCUCCCUGUUCUCCUGCUGUCCCUUGGCUGUCCCUUAGCCAGCCUCUGCAGGGUUAGUGCUUUCAGCUUCCCCCCCUGUUCCCCACCCCACAACUCAGUGGUCCCUGGCCCUCAGCAGUGUAGCUGCUCUUAUUUGAGUUCCUGCCACUGUGUUCACAUCUUUCUGGAGCUCAGAUCCCUGGAGCUGAGCACAAGCUGGGCUCUCCCUGGAGCUGUGCAGAGAGGGCCCUUGCCUGCAUUGGAUUGUCCUGCUCCAAAAACACAGACCGCAUCCACUUGAGCUACAGAAGAAUCAUCCCUUAGCUGUCCCUGUAAUGGGCUCACCACACACUAUUGUGCAAUUCUGAUUCUGUCCAGUAAAGGGCAGUGCUCUCUCCAUCAUUCUCUGUGUCACACACUAGUUAGUUCAUUACAGACACUAUAUAUUUAUACCCAGAUGUGGUUAUAAUAACCACAUCCCCAUCUCUGCAGGGAAACUGAAUGCAAAAACGAGCUCCAGGCGAGGCACAAACCACCGUAGAGGGUUCUGGAGAGGCAGAACCUGCUCUAGCUCACAGAGCAGUGGGGUUACCUAGGCCCAGAUGCUAGAGAGCGGACAGCUCCAUCUGGAGUGGUGUUCAGUCUAGGGAAGUUGCAAAUAUUCCAUGAGAGCAGACUCCCACUCCUUCCCUGGGAGACAAUUCACCAGCCCCAUAGAUUAUAGAUAUUAAGACCAGAAGAGACCCAGCCUCAUGCAAUUGUUUCUGCCUCACGCCCAGAUCUCCUGAUUGAGCUGGUGUAUAUCCUUUAGAAAGGCAUCUGGGUUUGACUCACUGCGUCCCUAGGUCAGAUUUUCCAAUGGUUAAUUACCCUCAUUGUGAAAACAUGGCAGCUUAUUUCUAGUCUGAAUCUGUCUAACUUCAGUUUCCUCCUUAUCUGCCAGCUUAAAUAACUUUUCACAGCCAGAAAUGUCUUCCCCUUGGGGGUAAUUGUAGAUCAUGGUCAAGUCCCCUCUUAACCUACCCUUGGAUAAACUAAAGCAGACACGUUUCCUUAGUCUCUCACUAUAAGCCAGGUUGUCCAGAGCUGAGAUCCUUUUCCUGGCUCUUUCCUGAACCUUCUCCAAUUUUUCAACAUGUUUUUUGAAGUGCGAACACAGAACUGAGCAUAACAUGCACUAAGGUGGAGAAGCCAUGACUAUAUCUGCCAUGGGUCAGCAUCCUGCCUCCUCGGCCGUGGGCAACACAAAUCCCCCCCUCUCAGCCUACGCAGGCUCCGCUGUCCCUCUUCUGGUUAGCAACAGGCACACCUCAAACUCUGAGCCCUCCGAGGGGCUUCUUGGAGCAUCCCGCCCUGCUCCACUGGACACUCGCAAGAUUCACUGCUCCCAGAGGAACAGCCCAGCCCACCUCACCAGCUCCAUCUGAGAUCUCGGCACCAUUGCUUCACACGCAGCCCUUAGGCAAGUUUAGCGUGAAAACAAGCCGAGUUUAUUUAACAAAGAGAUUCAAAUGGUAGCAAAUAGAAAUUCUGGAAACAAAUGGUUACAUAUAAAAUAAAAGCAGAACCCGCAUUGUGAAACUUGGGCGUAUUUAACUAGCGCUCACCCAAAGACCUUGCAGUGUUCUGCAGCCAGGCCGUGCUGUGCUGUUUUUCAUGAGGG